AUGGUUCUUGGAAACGAGGUCUACGAUAAAGUUUUCCGAUCGAUAGACGUGAACGCGGAUAAAUUCGUAGAAGUGCUCGAGGAAGCCGUCGCAAUCGUCUCAAUCUCUGCCGAACCCGAGCACCGUGAUGAUUGUGUCAAAAUGUCUCACUGGGCCAAAGCUAAACUUGAAUCAAUCGGAGCAACCGCUGAACUCGUUGAUGCCGGAAUCCAACAUCUUCAUGAUGGAACACAGUUACCGCUCCCACCAAUCGUCUUCGCUCAACUCGGCAAGGACCCGAAGAAGAAAACCCUUCUCGUCUAUGGUCACUUGGACGUUCAACCAGCCAAGAAAGAGGACGGAUGGAAUACAGAUCCAUUUGUGCUCACCGAGAUCGAUGGAAAGCUCUUUGGUCGAGGCUCGACUGAUGACAAGGGACCGGUGAUCGGCUGGAUUCAUGCCAUUCGCACUCUACAAGAAAAUGGAAUCGACCUCCCGAUCAACAUGAAGUUUGUCUUCGAAUGUAUGGAGGAAGCCGGCUCGGAAGGACUUGACGAGGCUCUGCACAACCGCAAAGAUUUCCUACAAGAUGUCGAUUUCACGUGUAUCUCGGACAACUAUUGGCUCGGAAAGAAGAAGCCUUGCUUGACCUAUGGAUUGCGUGGUAUCAGCUACUUCUUUGUGAAAGUCGAGUGCGCCAAGCAGGAUCUCCACUCUGGAUGUUAUGGAGGAAGCAUCCAUGAAGCUUUGCCCGAUCUCCUCUGGGUUCUCUCCCAGCUCACCAACAUUGACGGAACGAUCAACAUUGAGGGUCUUAACGAAAUGGUGGCACCAGUUACCGACGACGAAAAAGAGAUCUACCCGAAAAUCGAUUUCUGCAUCAAGGAAUACCAAAACGAUUUGGGCGCUCACGGAUUGACUCGCAAGACAAAAGAAGAGAUUUUGAUGCGCCGAUGGCGUUUCCCGUCGCUUUCGUUGCAUGGAGUGGAAGGAGCUUUCGAUGGACCUGGAAGCAAGACCGUCAUUCCGGCAAAGGUCACUGGAAAGUUCUCGAUUCGAACGGUGCCAAACAUGACUCCGGAGAAAGUCGACGAGGUGGUAGUGGCUCAUCUCAAUAAAUUGUGGGCAACGCGAGGAUCACCAAAUCGCUUCGAAGUGAUUCCUCAACACGCUGGACGUGUUUGGCUCUCCGAUCCCAACCAUCCCAAUUUCCAAGCUGGAGCCAAAGCGAUGAAGCGAGUGUUCGAUGUGGAGCCAGAUUUGACGCGUGAAGGAGGAUCAAUUCCCGUUACUCUCUCUUUUCAGGAAUUGACUGGCAAAAAUGUGAUGUUGCUGCCCAUUGGAGCUUGCGAUGAUAUGGCUCAUUCACAAAACGAGAAGAUCAAUCGCCGCAACUACAUCGAGGGAACAAAGGUUCUUGCCGCUUAUCUUCUUGAGUUGGGAGAGUUCCAA